ACUUCCCUCUAAGUCCUGUGCUUAAAGUCACCUUGGGCUGUCAUCGGCUGGAUGCCGCAACAGUCAGAACCACGUAUCACCUCUCACCUGAUGAAAGAGGCUUUCCAAGCUGCGCCUGCCUCACCCCUUUGUCCAUUGUCUGGGCUGGGUAGGGUGGCCAAUUCCCCUCGUGUAAGUGUAUGUCUGAGUGAGGGGAAACGGGGGGCAGUGGAGAGAUGGAUGAUGUUAGAGAGCCAUAUUAAGUCAUAUUAGGCAGGGAAGACAAAAAGAAAAAGGAAAUUGCAGGAAGACAAUAGUUGGAAAUUGAGUUUGGCAAGAUGCAGAGUUUUGGGUGAAGCGGGUGACUGUUUUGGGAUGGAAUCGGUGAGGCCAAAGGAGGAGGAGGAAUGGGGGGAGGGGGAGGAGGAGGAGGGGGAGGAGGUCUGCUGGGACAAAGAGAAGCUGGCCAGGUGUACUGAGUCUCAGUCAGUCAGCGCUGGUCAUGACCACAGCUCCAUGCCGAUAGCUACGAGAAGGGAGCAGACCGAGUGAGGAGCCGUCAAGGGACACAGGAUGGUGCGGUGUUGGAAACAUUCAGACAACCGUUUGGAGGAGGCACAGUGCACGGAUGGGGGCUCUGCAGCGUCCUCCCAGUCCCGCUUCCCACACAAGGCAUUCUGGGUCAGCCUCUCGGCCUCCCUGCUCCUGGUCAUCGUGGCCCUUGGCCUGACGGGGCACCUGGGGCUGUGGCAGCCUCACCCUCAGUCUUCGCAGAUGGUCCGAAUCAUAGUUCCAGAGCAGACUGGAGUUCUGAUCAACCAGUCAGCCGUUGUGGAUCAACAGAACGACCUGGUGACCUUUUCUGUGACCUCGCCAGCAAACCAGACGUCCACUGUGCUCUUUGAUAUCAAACACGGUUUGAUAUGUUACAAACCUGUGGACCGGGACAGAUGCUUCCUGCAAAAGAUGGACAAGUCAGACUACGACAACGUGCACUCCCUCCUCCACGAGUCGGCGCACAAGCAGAUUCAGUUCCAGCUGUCUGGGAAUGAGACGCAGAGGCAGACAGAGUUCCUGGGGGUGCUGGCGGCCAGUCAGGUGGAUGCGUCCACGCUGGAGGAGCCUCUGCAGACUCUGUGUCAGGACAGGUCCGUCCACUGGACCAGGAGGGCCGAGGGCCCGGGCAAACAGAGGCUGGUCUAUUUCUGCAUCGACAUCUGCUUUCCAAGCAACAUCUGCGUGUCUGUGUGCUUCUACUACCUGCCAGAGUGACUGUGUAUUCUCUCCGCCUCCUCCCAGCCAAAGAUCAGGGAAACAAAGUUUUCUUUUUAGCUCCCUCAACAAGAAGGAAAAAAAAAAAAAAAAACAUGAAAAAAACAAAAGUCAGCUUUGACUGUUUCCUUUGUGCCAUACAGCCACUAGUAAACCAGUGAAGCAGCCCACCCUCCCAGUCCAUUUCCAUCCUUCCGAGAGAGAAGAGAUGGAGACAGGCUGUCAUGGUUAUCGCCAAAGCCCCAUCGUCACCCUCUUCAUCUGUAAUACCCUCCCUGGUGGCACACUUCAGAGAUUACAAAAGAAAGAUGCCCUCUUUUGUACGUGCUUCUAAUUGUAUUUCCUGUAACCCACUGCUGCAGUGUAAUUAUGUGUAACCAUUACUGUUGCGUAUUUUGAUCUGUCUAAUAAAAGACUGUUGGGCA